AUGACGGACGGGUGGACGUACACGCUGACCGGGUUCGGCGAGUUCCUCGAGAUGCGUCGCGUCUCGUUCGCCGAGCCGAUGCCGGCCGCCCGCCUCUGCGGCGUCUGCGGCCUGCUGCCUUGCCGCACCCUGCAGCUGCCGUGCGGCCACGUCUUCUGCGAGUCGUGCAAGGCCCAGACAGGGCGAGGAGACAGCUGCCCCUUCGACGGGAAGAAGUUCGCCGACUCCGAAGUUCACUCGAUGAGCAUGAAGCGGUUCGAACUCGAGCAAUGCCGAUUUGUGUGUGCGGCCGGCUCCCGGUUUUGCGGCUUCGUCGGCAAACUGUCCGAGCUCGGAGAUCACCUGACCAGGUGCGGUGGCGGAGAGACCAGGUGUGGCAAGUGCCAGAGACCCGUGUUUCGCAGCCUCGCCGUGGAUCACUACCGGAGGUGCACCGUAGGUACGCCGGUUGCGGCGAAUGCCGAAGCUGACUCCAAGGGAGUCGCAGAUGUUGCCAAGACGGAGAUAGAAACCCCGCGGGAACUGAUGCUGAGCAAGGGCGUCGAUCUGGAAGCCGUGUUCAGAUGCUUCACGAACGCUUUGGCAGAAAAGGUGGCAAGCCUCGAAUGUCAGUUGCUCGAAGUGCAGAAAAAGUCCACCAGCGAGCAACAGUCAUCGCUUGCUGCUGCGAAGCCGGCGACCGUGAUCCAGGGACCGUUCCGCGCUGCUUCCAGAGGCGGCGUUCUGAUCACCACGUGCAAGUUCGACGACGUUUACGCCGAACUAGACUCGCUCGACGAGAAGAAAAAAGAGCUUACAAAGUCAACUGAUACGUAUUCGCUGGGAGGUUACACGUUCAAGCUUGACUGCGAGUUUUCCAAAGACGAGAACGAGAUGAAUGUGCGUUUUAUUCUUUUUUUGCGGAGCGGUGAAUGGGACGCUUACGUGGAGUGGCCCUUCAAAAAGAAAGUGACCCUAAUCAUCAUGCACCCAAGGAAUAAAGCAAAGGACGUCCGCUUACCGGUGACCAUGGAUGAACACAAGAUGGUGAAGAAACCUGAACCCGACGCUUAUAACUGGGGCCGCUUUACGGACGAGAAGAACUGGAAGGACAUUGAACGACAAGGGUACGUCGAGAAAGGGGCCCUCUAUGUCAACGUCGAGUUUGCGGACAUGUAUUAG